AAUAGUUUAAUAGUAGCGCGGUCCCCAUACGGCUGUAAUCAGUGAAUUAGAAAAAAAACACCCCAGCAGCGAUCGUCUAUGAUAGAUUUUUUUUUUCCUCCGCGCUCGCCUUUUUCUUGGGCCUUGCCCCCCCAAAGCCCCUCCAAAAGAGGGAACUUUUUCUCCGAGGGGGCUCCAAGGAGAAGGCCAUGAAUUACGAAUUUGAGCGAGAGAUUGGUUUUAUCAAUAGCCAGCCGUCGCUCGCUGAGUGCCUGACGUCUUUUCCCCCUGUCGCUGAUACAUUUCAAAGUUCAUCAAUCAAGACCUCGACGCUUUCACACUCGACACUGAUUCCUCCUCCUUUUGAGCAGACCAUUCCCAGCCUGAACCCGGGCAGUCACCCUCGCCACGGCGCUGGCGGCCGCCCCAAGUCGAGCCCCGCGGGCAGUCGCGGCAGUCCGGUGCCCGCUGGCGCCCUGCAGCCGCCCGAGUACCCCUGGAUGAAGGAGAAGAAGGCGGCCAAGAAAACCGCGCUGCCGCCCGCCGCCGCCGCCUCCACGGGCCCUGCCUGCCUCGGCCACAAAGAGUCCCUGGAAAUAGCCGAUGGCAGCGGCGGGGGAUCCAGGCGCCUGAGAACUGCUUACACCAACACUCAGCUUUUGGAGCUGGAAAAGGAAUUUCAUUUCAACAAGUACCUUUGCAGACCCCGGAGGGUGGAAAUCGCCGCGCUGCUGGAUUUGACCGAGAGACAAGUGAAAGUGUGGUUUCAGAACCGGAGGAUGAAGCAUAAGAGGCAGACCCAGUGCAAGGAAAACCAAAACAGCGAAGGGAAAUUUAAAAGCCUGGAGGACUCGGAGAAAGCGGAGGAGGACGAGGAAGAGAAGUCACUCUUUGAGCAAGCCCUCAGCGUCUCCGGGGCCCUUCUGGAGAGGGAAGGCUACACUUUUCAGCAAAACGCGCUCUCUCAACAGCAGGCUCCCAACGGACACAAUGGCGACUCCCAAACUUUCCCAGUUUCGCCUUUAACCAGCAAUGAGAAAAAUUCGAAACAUUUUCAGCACCAGUCACCCACUGUUCCUAACUGCUUGUCAACAAUGGGCCAGAACUGUGGAGCUGGCCUAAACAAUGACAGUCCCGAGGCCCUCGAGGUCCCCUCUUUGCAGGACUUCAGUGUUUUCUCUGCAGCUUCCUGCCUGCAGCUUUCAGAUGCACUGUCGCCCAGCUUGCCAGGCUCCCUGGACAGUCCUGUAGAUAUUUCAGCUGACAGCUUUGACUUUUUUACAGACACACUCACCACAAUCGACCUGCAGCAUCUGAAUUACUAAGAACAGUAAAGCAAAACAAAGCAUCCCAACACAAACCCCCGUGACCAGGUGGUUUUGCCUUCUUUUAUUCCGGGAGUUAAUUUUUGUUUCAUUCUCUUCUUGAUCUACCCCCACUCUCUUAAAUGCUGAGGAUUUUCUGUUUAAUGUUCUCCCCUGGCACAGUUUUAAAGCCAUCUCUUACAAAUUACGUUGGUGUUUUAGUCGUUUGACACCGAACCCAACAUGCUUCUAUGUGAUUUUCCUGAAAGCAAAACACGAGGCCUGCGGGAAAGUGACCCUAAAUUGUCCCGUCACUUUCUUUUUAUUUUUGUAUCACACUAGGAUGCAUUGUCAUGCGUAUUUUUGGUAGAAUAAAUUCUCCUUUGCUAUAAAGUAGCUUUCUUAUUUUUUCCUCCCUCUUUCUCAAGGCUCAUACUGAUUCUUUUACUUCUUUUAGUCUAAUAUGGUAAAUAAAAGUCUGGUC